AUGUCUUCAUCCGAUGCGCCAGCUGCGACAGGGGCCGUCCAGGUCCAGCCAAUCCUCACCCUCAAGGGAAAGGUCAUCGCAGUUACUGGAGGAAACCGCGGCAUCGGUCUCGGUGUUGCGGAAUGCUGUCUUCUGAACGGUGCGGACAAGGUCUACUCCAUCGACCUCGCGGCACCCGGCGAAGAGUUCGAGGCGGCCUCUAAGCAGUUCCCGGGACGUCUGUUCAAUGUCCAGGCCAACGUGACGGAGGAGGAGAGCAUCACGGCUGCUAUUGACAAGAUCGUCGGGGAAGCGGGAGCCAUCCACGGUAUCGUUGCCAACGCCGGCCGCACAAAUCACAAGGCCGCGCUUGACUUUACAAAGGAGGAGAUCGAGACCUUGUUUGGUGUUAACCUGUUCGGUGCCUUUUACACUGCCAGAGCUGCGGCGAGAGUUUUCAUCAAGCUCGGCAUCAAGGGCUCCGUUGUUUUCACGGCGUCGAUGGCAUCCUACCGUCCUAACAAGCGUGUGCCUUCAGCACCGUACGGCGCGUCCAAGGCCGGUAUUCGCAACAUGGCGCACACCCUCGCCAUGGAAUGGGCCAAGUACGGCAUCCGCGUGAACAGCGUCUCUCCCGGUCUCGUCCGCACCGCGAUGACUUACUGGGUUCCUCAACAACCGGACUGGGAGCAGCAGUUGAAGUACUACGGAGGCAUGCCGAGGUUGGCGGAGGUGCAGGAGCUCGGCGGAGCGUACGUCUACCUCUUGAGCGAUGCCGCAAGCUACACCACCUCGAUAGACAUCCCCGUCAACGGUGUUAUUGGAAUACAGUUCACGAUGCGUUCCUCGCUUUUCAUCGCUGCGCAGUUCGCUGCCGCCGCCUUUGCGGCCGAGCCCUGGGAGAACGAGGUCGAUACCGGCUUCGUCACCUACCUAGACGGAACCAACUACACCAAGGGCACCCAGCCUCUCCUCAAGGACAUCCGUGCCAUUCCCGACUUCGACUGGGCUGCUCGCCAGAAGCUCGACAACCAGAAGUACUCCUUCUACCGCACUGGUACCGCUGGAGAGUUCAGCUACCGCCACAACCUCGAUGUCUGGCAGAAGGUCCAGCUCCGCUCUAAGCACCUGAGCGACGUCACCAAGUUGAACGAGACCAUGGCCACCACCAUUCUCGGUUACAACUUCAGCGCCCCCCUCUUCAUCGCGCCUGCUGCUCGUGCUGCCUACGGAGACGAGGCUGCCGAGCUGAACCUCGUCCGCGCUGCCGGUAACGAGAACAUCCUGUACAUUCCUUCCAUGUACGCCUCCAAGUCCAUCGAGGAGAUCGCGACCGGCAAGGUCAACAACACCCUCAACGGCCCCCAGGUCAUCUUCCAGCAGAUCUACACCAACGGCAACCUGUCCGUCACCUGGGAGAACAUCCGCCGUGCCGAGGCCACCGGUGCCAAGGCCAUUGUCUGGACCAUCGAUGCUCCCGGUGACUCCGUCCGCCACCGCGCUGCCCGCUACGACACUACCAACGCCAACUCCGUCUCCUCCGCUCUUACCUGGGACAUCUACGACCAGAUGGUCAACCAGACCUCUCUGCCUAUCAUCCUCAAGGGUAUCACCACCGCCGACGAGGCCCUCCUGGCUAUUGAGAAGGGUGCCAAGGCCAUCUACAUCUCCAACCACGGUGGCCGUCAGCUCGACCACACCCCUGGUCCUCUCGAGAUCGCCUACGAGAUCUACCGCAACGCCCCCGAGGUCUUCCAGAAGAUCGAUGUCAUUGCCGACAGCGGUGUUCGUUACGGAAACGACGUUCUGAAGCUGCUUGCUCUCGGUGUCAAGGCCGUCGGUAUGGGCCGUCCCUUCAUGUACGCCAACUGCUACGGACUCGAGGGUGUCACCAAGGCCAUCAACAUCAUGAAGACUGAGAUCGUCCGUGACGGUGCUCAGAUGGGUGCAACCAACCUGCACAACAUCAGCAUGAGCUUCCUCAACACCCGCCAGCUCGAGCAGAACGUUUACCUCUUCGACAAGCAGUAA